UACUGUAGAUCAAAAUUGAAAAUGAUUUGUGGUCUCAGAGUUCCUAACUGAUGCUUGUCCAAAUUACAGAACCACCACUAUACCACUGGGCAUAAUUACUAAUCUUUUUUUUUAAAGAGACAUACUUUGGCUAGAUUUUAAGGGGUUUCUAUAACUUAACAACCACUAAUGACAUUAGCUGUAUAAGGAGAAGGUAGCUAUGUGUGUGAUCAUAUAUCCUAUUUCACGGUGUAUGAUGUUUGCUUGCAACUGUCAGGGGACUUUCCCUCAUUAUACAAAAUUUCACAGCUGCCUAGGGCCACUAGGGUGGGAUUGAGAGAGCGGGUUGACUUUGCUCGGAUGCCUCAAGUGCCAACCAUUAUCAAAAACAGGAGGCUGAAUUAGAUGGAACCAUAGUUCCAAUCAGAUAUGACAAAUCCUUUGCCAUCUUAUUCACACAUUUUUUAAUUCUUGAGGGUAAUAUUUUUUUACUGCAUGCUAGUGUGUGGUUGGUUUUUUUCUUUAUUUUUUUGCUCUUCAUUCUGACUUCUAUUGGUACACACUGGUCAUAAUUCUAAUCUCACUUACACUGGUGUAAAUGUAGUUCCCAUGAUUUCAGUGAAGUUACUCCUGAAGAGUGUGUGUCGUUGAUAGAGCACUGGUCUGGAACUCUGGGACCUGGUUGCUAUUCCUGGCUCUGCCACUGGUCUUCUGGGUGACCUUGUGCAAGUCACAUCUCUGCUCUGUGCCUCAGUCUCCUCUUCUGUAAAAUAGGGAUAAUGAUAGUGUCCUACUUUGUAAAAUACUUUGAGAUCUAAAGCUUUGAUCUAGCUGAGGAGAAUAACCCAUAAAAUUCUGUUAGAAGAAGAGAACUACCAUUUGGGGGGUAUGUUCUCAUUCAGUUAGAGAGUGAGAAUUCAGUGAACUCAAGUACAUGCAUAAGUACUUUCCUGAGUUGGGGCCUUAAUGUUUCAUUAAGCUGUUAUUUGUGAAGAAAUAAAUACAAGAUAUUUAAAAUAUAUGUGCACUAUUUUAGCCUUUGACAUUCAAAAUAUGGCAAGUUGUGAGGAAGAUCAUUCAGAUGGAAUUUUCUGCACAGACCAGCAUUCUGAUUGCGUCAAGUUUGAUACCCUGUCUGAGAAAGCACUGUUUUCGCUAUGUACAAAAAAGGUCAUGGAUCAUCAAAGAAAAAAACAGAAAUGUUUUAUGCUUACCCUCAGUAUUCUCUAUCUGCUUGUAUUUUCCAUUGUCGUUGUAAUCAUCAGACUAGCAGUUCACGUAUCCGAGAUGGAAAAGAACCUGAAGAAUGACACUAAUCUAGUUAGUGAGAAUAACAUACAACGGUGCUUCAAUGGAGAUUGUCCUGGCAAAGCAAGAGAAGGAAAAGAGGAGCAGAGAGAAAUCAUCAUAGCUCACACUGAAGCUUUACAUCAAAUUGCCAAAGAGAUUUCAGAGCUGAAAACUAACCUUCACCAAAAGUCAGAGCAUUUCCGAAAUCUAAGUACAGCAACUGAACAAAAGCUCUGGGAGGUUGGCCUUCAGAUUAACACCUCAACCUUAGCAAUGCAAGUCCUUCGGAAGUUGAUAGAAGAUAUUCAGACCUCAUUUAGGUUUCUGAAUUUGACAUUAGCUGAAGUUCAGUCUGCUGCAGAAGAGAGGAACAAUAAAUACACAGGAGUGUUCCUUAAACAACUAGAGGAUAUCACAAACCUGUGGGAUAAUUGGUACAACACAUCAGCAACCAUUGUUACCAUAAAACAACAACAAAGCAAUCUGGAGCAAGAAAUUAAAGGCGAAGUGAAACUUUUGAAUAAUAUCACAAAUGACCUCAGAUUAAAAGACUGGGAGCAUUCAGUAGCAUUAAGGAAUAUUACAUUAGUGCAAGGUCCUCCUGGGCCCAAAGGAGAGAAAGGUGAUAAAGGUGUCAGAGGAGAUCAAGGUGUAGAAGGAGUUCGUGGGCUAAGAGGUUUUCCUGGAGCCAAAGGGGAAGUUGGACAACAAGGUCGUCCUGGAAAUCCUGGACAAAAAGGAUCAAAGGGAAUUCCAGGGCCAAAAGGGGAGAAAGGAGACAAAAGCGGAAGUAGCAGCACCAUUGCAAUAUCUUCCAGUAUUCAACUUGUAGGAGGACAUGUUCCUAAUGAAGGUAGAGUGGAGAUUUUUCAUGCUGGAGAAUGGGGCACUAUCUGUGAUGACCACUGGGAUAUUCGUGAUGGAGCUGUGGUCUGUAAGAGUCUGGGGUAUUCAGCAGCAUCUAAAAUUCACAGUGGUGCCUAUUUUGGACAAGGUACUGGUCAAAUAUGGAUGGAUGAAGUUCUUUGUUUUGGCUAUGAAACCUCUGUUGAAAAUUGUAUAUUUAAAGGCUGGGGUGUGACAGAUUGCAAACAUGAUGAAGAUGCUGGUGUCACUUGUAAAGUUUAAUUCGGCCUUCAGAGAUGCAUAACUCUCACUGAAGGUAAUGAGCAUAUUAUGCAUAUGUAAUAGGUAUAUAAGGACAAUAAUAGAUCUUAAAUGUCAAUAGUCACCUACCGCAAGCUCUCAGAGUUAGAGAGGUAUGAAUCUAAAAGGAUACUGAAGAAACUAAGGUUCUGAUUUUGUAGGCACAGAGGCUUAAUGUUAAGCUUGAAAGUAGUCCUGCUGAAGUAAUUAGGAUUCUUCACAUGCUUAAAGUUAAGCACGUAUAUGUGUGUUUGCAGGAUCAGGGCAUAAUUUACAGUCAUAUAUGCUCAAAGAAUACAAACUAGUGGGUCAGGACUGACCAUGAUGAUAUGUUAAGCAGCCAUUUAAUAGUUACAUAAAUAAAACAUAACGAAAUGACAAGGACACUUCACUGAAUUAAGGUCCUGAUUCAUGGAAAUACACAUACUUAACUAUAAGCAUAGAAGUUCCAUUGUCUUUAAUGAGAUAAGAAUAUGCUUAUGUAAU